AUGACGUUUAUUCAGGACCGUAUCGAUUUGCUUGCUACGGCCACUGGCUUGGACGGCGCUUCCAUGCGGAUUGUCAUCUGCCUAUUACUUUCUUUCCCGUUCAGUGCGGUCUUCAAACGGUUGCCGGAUGCCAACUACCGCCUCAAAAACUACUACAUCAUUGCGGUGUCUUCGUUCUACAUCUUCGGGAUCCUCAAUCUCCACAGCGGCUUCCGGACACUUCUCAUCUCAGCCAUGGGCACGUAUCUCCUUACGCGCUACCUCAAGACGCCACUGAUGCCGUGGAUCAACUUUGUGUUUGUAAUGUCUCACUUGGCAUUCAACCACGUGCACGCGCAGUUUUUCAAGGUGUACGAUCCUACGACAAUCGAUAUCACCGGCGCACAGAUGGUGCUUGUGAUGAAGUUGAGUGCGUUCGGCUGGAACAUCCACGAUGCGCGCGCACAGAGAAAGAACAAGGACCUUCCCCUCUCGAGCUACCUCAAGUCGCGAGUCAUUGAGGAGCACCCGGGAUUGGUUGAAUUCUUGGGCUACACCUUUUUCUACCCCUCUUUAUUAACGGGUCCUGCAUUUGAUUUCGCUGACUACCACAAGUUCAUCCACUCCACCUUAUUCGAUGACUUGCCCGAUAACAAAAAGCCCGGCCGCACCAGAAAAAGAAAAAUCCCAAAGAGCGGCCGCGUGGCGCUCCGCAAGGUUGCCCAGGGGAUUUUCUGGGCCGCAGUGUGGAUCAAAAUCGGCGAUUAUGUCACGGUGGAGGAUGCCCUUGACCCCGUCUUUAAGUACGAGCGCUCGUUCGUCUACAAGGUUUUAUACUUGUGGAUCUUGGGCUUCACGUACCGUCUCAAGUACUACGCCGUUUGGCUCAUUGCUGAGGCGGGCUGCAUUGUCUGUGGUAUUGGCUAUAACGGGUACGACGCCAAGACCGGUACCAUUUUGUGGAACCGCGUGCAGAACGUAGACCCGUAUGCCUUUGAGACCGGUCAGAAUGUACAUGUGUGCCUCGAGGCCUGGAACCAGAACACCAACAAGUGGUUGAAGAACUACGUGUACAUGCGUGUGGUCAGACCGGGCAAGAAACCGGGCUUCAAGUCGUCGCUCUUCACCUUCUUGACCUCCGCCUUUUGGCACGGCACCAGACCAGGCUAUUACAUGGCCUUUGCCUGUGGCGCCUUCUUACAAUCCUGCCAACGCCUCUACAGACGCAACUUCCGCCCGAUCUUCUUGGAGGCGGAUGGCAAGACCGCCAAGCCAAGCAAGGUGUACUACGAUAUAGUCUGCUAUUUUGUCACCCAGUUAGCGUUCGGCUAUGUGGUGCACCCAUUCGUGAUUUUGGACAUUGAGCGUUCGUUAUACUUGUGGGGAACUGUCCACUACUACUUCCACGCCAUGGUGGCUGUCACCUACUUUGUGUUCAUGGGGCCGUUUAAGAAACAAGUCACUGACUUUUUGAAGCAGUUCCAAGCCUCGGCAAACGCCAAGGCUACCCCAAAGACUGCCGUGUUAAAGGAUGAGUCUGAGGAACCGGUCAUGGUUCUCCCAGACACUGAGGUCUUCCUGAACAUUGGUGAGGUCAAGGAGGGAAUGGACGAGUUGAGAGACCAGUUCCAGACCAUGAAGAGAAGAGGCUCCCUUGUAGAGAGCGGAGUGUUGGAAGAUGCCUACAAGAACUUUUCCGAGGAGGUUUCCAGCUUCUUCCCAAAGAAAGAUUAA